GGUGAAUUUGUGAGAGAGCGGGAGAGGACGGGGGAGAGAGAACAUGAGCAGAAGGUGUUGUCAGAUCGAGAGAGGGAGCUGAGGGGUGUUGAACAGCCUGAUCGACGUGCUGGACGUCGUACGCAUCCACAUUCGCAGGCUCCGACUCAGGCGCACUCGCGGAUGCCGUCUCCCAUGGCUGAAGAGAGGGAGAGAGCGAUGAUGGAACGAGAACGGGAACGCGAGCGUGAGCACUUUGAGCGUGAGAGGAUGGAGAGAGAGAGAUUGGAGAGGGAGCACCUUGAGCGCGAGUACAUGGAACGAGAACAUGAGCGAGGGAUGAGUAUGAGUAUCGCCGAGCGGGAAAGGAUGGAGCGCGAACACCUUGAACGCUUGGAACGACAGCAGCAUCUGGACGCCCUUGAGCGUGAGCGCUUUGAGGCUCGCGAACGCGAACACGAACUCAUUUCGCGCGAACACAUCGAAGCUCGUGAGCGUGCAGAGCGCUUAAACCUUGAGGCAAUAGAGCGCGAACGCGCUGAACGUGAAGCCUUCGAACGCCUUCCCACCCCGCAGGAACUUGCCCUGCUCCUGCAAUCCCGCAUGGAGCGCCCGCAUAUUAGCCUUGGCUCGUGGGUGCUCCCUGCAUUGCCAUUCCCCUGGUUUUUUGGAGAGCACAUGCCUUGCAUGAAGCAAGGAGAUGAUGCACAGGAGAUUGGAAAAGAUGGCUUGGCUGUCCCUCCGGAAGUACGCCUCACUGUCCUCAUUCCGUCUUCCUUCCUUCCUGCCUCCAGGCCACACAAGCUGCGGUUAUGGGGUGGAGGAUUAUUGCCCCCUCCGCCAAUACAAUUCUGGCCAGUACAUACGAACUUGAGUAACGCAGCAGGAAACGGUUCUGGCCCAUCUGGAUCAAGUGCUACGCCCAACCCCUCAGGAUCUGUCGCAAGGACCGCACCAAACCCUGCACCACCUACCUACCAUCCAAUGCACGCCCCCCGCCGACGUGUCUACACUGACGACUCAAACGUUCUCGCAUGCGCCGUGCACGCUGGUCUUCUGACAUGGAGUGCUGUCUCCCGCGCAAAACAAGAAAACAAAGACAUCAAAGUUGUGCUUGGAGUCGUACCUACCGUAUCAAGUUAUGGAGGCAGCGUUGGGAGCGAGGCAAACCACGUAGAUCCUCCUGUAGUUGGAGGUAUCGGACCAGCAAAUGGUACACCCUCGAACGGCGUCACACCCGCUGUAUCAGCAUCGAAUGGAAUCACACCUAGCACCUCGCAGUCUUCUGCUUCGCAACCUGGGAGCAAUGGUACUCGUGGUGUUGCUGGAGCCACGGCGCUUGAUGGUAUGGGUUAUGCUGGUGGUGUUUGGGCGAGUCGGUUCGUGGGUGGAUGGGGGGAGGCGUUUUAUGGCCAUCCGAGCGCGGGGUAUUGUGCUGCGAGUGUGACUGAUACUGCGAGUGGGGAUGCGAGACAGAGGAGUUUUGAAGAAGAAGCGGAGGACGAUGGGAGGGGGGUUGUUAGUGCUGGUUGGGGGUGGGGGCAUGAUGGGAGCGCGAUUGAGGUUGUACAUGUUGAGGUUGUUGAGAAGGGCUCUGCGCGAGGUCCUGGGCUGGGGCGACGCAACAGGUCGCAAAGGUUGCAAGAAUAUGCGUCGCGUCGUGCGGCUUUGGCCCUUGCUCCUGUAACAUCUGCCUCGCCACCACCACGUACACACUUAUUUGCUGACGUUACGAACGGCCGCAAACGACACCGGUUGGCCUUCGACAAUAUCGACGUGAAUGGGAAAACGAAGGUCGACCCCGAGAAUCUAGAAGAGCUCCAGAAGAUGCACGCGCGGACGCUGAUGUUUGGUGACUCAGGGAUGGGUGCUGGAUUCAAAUACACUCCAAUUCUUCUUGCAUGUGCGCUCUUCCCCCAUCUUGCAGAUCCUGCUGUACGUGCAUCUUUACCUCGAAAGCGGCGGAAGAUCGCGCAUGCACAGGACCCACCUGCAGAGGCAGGCGACGUGCGAAUGGACAUAGAUGAUGCCGGGGAAGAGGCUGGUAACGAAGGACGUGCAGUGGUUCUCGAGAGUGACAAAGAGACAUACCUUGUUGCUCCUGGGCCUAGCCCGAGUGAAGGAUUCGUGCUCUCUAUCCUCCUAUCUACACCUUCCACAGACGGGAAGAUUAUGGACGUUGUCGAGGAACCUGCGAACGAUAAGAACACGGUAACAACAGCGUCUACGCCAAAAAUAACACCUUCCGCUUCGAGUACUGGUGAAAACACGACCACCACCUCCGAUGCGCCAAAAGAUGACCAAAAAACCCCAGUACCAGACCCAGUCCGAGAUCCACCUCCACCUCAUCCCAUAUCUGCUUUGCCGCCUUCAGACAAGACAGUGCCUCAAAGCAGUCGUACGAAGGUCGUCCGAAGCAACCUCCAGGAUACGGAUUUCAAGUUUGAGCAAGAUUAUGUCGUUGUGUGUGGACAGGGUGAGGAUGUGAGGGUGAGAGUAAUGCGGUGGAGAUGGUAUUUAUAAUAAUACUUGGAGGAUUUUGUUGCGCUUACUAUUAGGCCUGGAAUUAAUAUUACUUGUGGACUCGCCAAAGUCAUGGUGACACUCAGGCUCCUUCCCACCCGCUAGUUCGAGUGUGGAGGGGAACGGAUUGGAAGAUGGCUAAUUUGAUGCAUUCAAGACGGUAACGAGU